AGUUGACAGGAUCUGAGAGGAUUUUGUGAUCCAUAGAGAGUGGUCAGUCAGCCAGUCAGCCAGUGGGUGGAAAGUCUAAGUGGUGAGGAGUGGAACUCUUACAGGUUGUGCAUCUUUCACCAUGGUGACCACGCGAGGAGGAACGAGUACCACCCCGUAUUGUAGAGAGCAAGAAGAGCAAGUCGCCGCCCUGCUGAAAGAGAGAAAAGAGAAACUGGAGGAGUUAAUAAAGCAGGCGAAGAUGCUGGCCUUGAUAGAAGAGCAGAAGGCCAAGCAAAGACAGCUGGAGGAGAGAAAAUGGGAAAAGGAGCAGGAGGAGAUAGUGGAGACGAUAGACGGGGAAGCAGAAGUCGAAGCAGAGAAGGGAGAGAAAGAAGAGGAAGUAGAGGUCCCCCUCGAGAGAAACGUAAGAAGAGAAGAAAGAGGGGAACCCAAUGUGGCGCCAAAGAUAAGGGCGAAAAUGGAGAAGAUGGUGACAAAGGUAGGGGCCCUUAUAGAUAGUGGGGCCACCCGUAGCUACAUUAGUCGUGGAGCGCUGAAGAAGUUGAAGCUUAAUUUGAAAGUCCAAAAGUUGGAUGCGCCCAUAGUCGGCAUCCUCGCAGACAAUCGCACAAUGCGAAUCGGGGAUUACGUCGAGGGAGUCCAGGCAUACUUUCGGCUAGAGCAAGAUGGGAAGGUAGAGAGAGUUAUCCAUUCCCUUACUCUCCUCGUAGAGGAUAACCUUUCGUUUGAUAUGGUCCUAGGAAUGGACUGGGGAGAGGCAACAAGAGCCACACUGCACCUAAGGGAGCACAAGUGUAGGCUCCCUAGUCCCUCAGGUGGUGUCAAGACGGCCCGCCUGUUCCAUGUGUCAGGAGUAGACAACCCUCUGGCACAUUGGUGUCUCAGUGCUCCCGCGUUCGCACGAUUAGUGAAGGAGCAGUUAGAAAAGCAGUUGUUGUCUCAGUGCUCCCGCGUUCGCACGAUUAGUGAAGGAGCAGUUAGAAAAGCAGGUCUUCGUGGCUAUGUCAAGCCUAUCACUGAGCCUAACAAAGAGGAGCCCACCAACCCACUUAUUGCCAAGCUGUUGGAAGAGUACGCAGACCUGUCAGAGGCUCCAUCAGCAGUAGUUCCACGUCGUAUCCAACACCGCAUUGAGAUAGAGCCUGGCAGUAACACUCCCAAAGGAGCAGUGUAUAGGAUGUCUUCCAAGGAGUUAGAGGAGUUGCGCAAGCAGUUAGACGAGCUUCUCGAGAAAGGUUGGAUUAGGCCCAGUUCUUCUCCAUUUGGAGCACAUGUUCUCUUUGUCCCCAAGAAAGUGGGAGAGAUGAGAAUGUGCAUUGACUAUAAGGGUCUCAACGCGGUUACGCAAGAUGAUGGCAAUGGGUACAUACCCGUAGAGUUCAUGUCCGCUAGGUUGCCUUCAAAGAAGGUAGCAACAUCCACCUAUGAGAGGGAACUCUACGCUCUCAGGCAAGCACUAGACCACUGGAGACACUACUUGCUUGGGAGGCACUUCAAAGUCUAUUCAGAUCACGAGACAUUGAGGUGGCUGAGACGCAUGCCAAGAUGACACCUAAGCUUACUAGGUGGGCCGCCGAGAUAGACCAGUUCGACUUCAAGCUCAAGCCAGUCAAAGGGAAGUAUAACGUGGUUGCCAAUGCCCUUAGUAGGAGAGCCGACUACUUUGGAGAUAAAGUUCGCUACCUGGA